GUGCCAUGGACAGCGGUGUGCCUCCCCACUACAGCGACCUCUCUCUCACUGUCAACAUCCUGGACGUCAACGACAACACACCCAUCAUCGAGAGCCAGGGGGGCUACAACGUCAGCAUCAGUGAAAAUGUGGGGGGUGGUACGUCCGUCCUGCGCGUGGUGGCCACCGACUAUGACAUCGGGACAAACGCCAUGCUCUUCUACUACAUCACCUCGGGUAACAAGGACCUCACCUUCCGGAUGGACCGCAUGACCGGCGAGAUGGUGACCCGACCAUCCCCACCUGACCGCGAGCGCCAGCAGGAGUACCGGCUGACCGUGAUGGUAGAGGACGACGGCACGCCGCCACUAUCGGCCUCAGAACAUGGAGAAAGACUUCAAAACACAUUCRAACGCAUUUGAAGACAAUGUUCACAUGGCAAUGCUCCCUACUUAAGGAGCUAUAAAUAUAAAGCCUMUAUAUAGUAUGGCAUACGUUUAUAGAUGAUUUGUGAAGGAUGUACCUGUAUGUAGUGCAUAUUAAGACUUCAUGUACGCUAUAUAAUUUUUUUUGAUUAUUUAAAGUGUCCCCAUGAUGAGUAGCAGGUUGAUGGUUUAAUCCCAUGUGUUCUGCGUUGGCUGAUCAGAGGUAUAUGAACAAGAAGUACACUGUGAUACACAGGAAGUGCAUGACGAUGUGCAAUAACAGGAAAUCCACGGCUGUGGUGCCAUUUUACUGAAAGAGGAAGAAGAGACUUG